AAUGUAUGAUGAAGCGCAUAUGCUAAUUAUCAAGAAAAAACGAAGAUUUUGCAUUCCUAAAAAUUUAAAUAUCUCUCAUUGUUGGAAUACUAUUGGACCGACUGUCGCUCAAGAAAUUGGGGCAUCCGACUACACUCCGAUUCCAAAUUACUUUGAUACAAAUGCGUAUAAAAUUGGACAUAUUUUUGUAUCAACGAGCACACAAGUAAAAUGUUUUCGCCCCGCGUCAGUACUGAAAAUUCUCGGACCAAUCCACAAUUUUGUGGUGAAAAGCAAGACAAACACCAAAUGGCUCGAUAAGAAGCUUCAUAGCGUGAGAACGUCUGGAGAUCAAACGAAUUUUCGAGUAAUUUUCAAGAGUGGAAAAAAUCAGCUAAGUUUUACAGGUCAUGAUUAUUUUUUUCUCAGUAAAGCACACGAUAUGCUGACCGAAGGAAACGUAACGAUAGAUCGCACAGCUCAUGAAGAUUUGUUAAAUGUUACAUGGAUUGGACUAAUAACACACGUGGUUGUUACAAGAAUCUCAGAAUUUCGCAUUAUUAAAGAUUUACGUGAAAGAACACUGCACAUAGGCGAAAAUGAGCAUACUAUUCUAUUUAAAUACGAAAUAUGCGAAAUUGACCGGCAUGGGGCCGUAAUAAAAUCUGAAACGAAGAAAAUACAUUGCAAGUGGUUGCCAAUAGGAGAUAAAGAAUCAGACAGUUUUCCAUUAACCGAACUCCAAAGUUUACUCGAUAAAACAUGA